CCCGCCCUCACGGCCAGAGGCACUUCUGCUCUCCCUCUCUCCCUGCCCGUACACUCUCUCCUCUCCUCUCCUCUCCUCUCGUCUCCUCCUCUGACCAGCUCCAGUGUACUUCUAACUGUGGAUCUCUUGGUUCCUGCCAUGGUGGUGCGCUGUGUGUCGUCGUUGAGGCCGUGUGUGUGGCCGUGUGUGUGGCCGUGUGUGUGUGCGGUGGUGCUGCUGGUGUGGCUGCCCUCUCAGUGCUGGGGGGUGGGCAGUGAGGAGGACCCCCCCCUGAGUGGUGGAGAGAGGGGUGCUGCUGAUGACGCCCCCGCCGCCGCCGGGGGGGGCAGCUGCCCCGUGAGGCUGAAGGCGCUGGGAGGGUGCGGGGGCGGGGGCCAGGAGGAGGAGUGCCCCUUCCAGCUGACGCUGCCCCCCCUCACCCUGCAGCUGCCCCGCCAGUUCCGGCAGCUGGAGAAGAGCCUGAAGGAGCUGCGGAGCCUGAAGGAGACGGUGGCACGCCUCCGGGGGUGCUGCGGGGCGGGCGGGGGGGGGCGACCCCAGGAGGGGCGACCCCAGGAGGUGCAGCAGGACCAGCCCGGGGGCGCGGAGCCCUCAGACCCCCCUCAGACGGCCCAGACCCCUCUCCCCACCCCCGCCGCCCCCCCAGCGACAAUGACCAUGGCGGAGAUGCAGCUGAAGAUGAGCCGCAUGUCGGCGAGCCUACGAAACGCACGCAACCAGAUCGGCGCUCUCCAGGGCCGCGUGGGCGAGAUCACACUCCUGAGCGCCGGGUCCCUGGAGGCCGCGGUGGACAGCAGGGUGCAGAACAUCACCGGCCUCCUCAACACACUCAGCAGCACCUGUACCACACACUGCGCCGCCGCGCACGCCGCUCCUCAGUCCAUCAUCGCUCCACGGGACUGUUCCGACUACAGCUCGUUGGGCCAGCGGUCUGACGGCAUCUAUAAGGUGACCCCUGACCCCCGCAACAGCACCGUCUCCGUGUGGUGCGACAUGGAGUCGUUCGGCGGGGGCUGGACCGUGAUCCAGCGGCGCGUGAACGGCAGCGUGAGCUUCAACCGCAGCUGGGCCGAGUACAAGAAGGGAUUCGGCGACACGCGGGCGGAGUUCUGGCUCGGGAACGACCUCAUCCACCUGCUGACCAAGGCCAAGGACAUGGUGCUGCGCAUCGAGCUGGAGGACGUGGACGGCGUGCGCGAGUACGCCAAGUACGAGCAGUUCUACGUGGCCAACGAGCUACUGCGCUACCGGCUGUCGGUGAGCGGGUACUCGGGCUCGGCCGGCGACGCCCUGCACUUCAGCAAGCACUUCAACCACGACCAGAAGUUCUUCAGCACACCUGACCGCGACAACGACAUGUACCCGUCCGGGAACUGCGGCGCGUACUACAGCUCUGGCUGGUGGUUCGACGCCUGCAUGUCCGCCAACCUCAACGGCAAGUACUACCACCGGCGCUACAAGGGCGUGCGCAACGGCAUCUUCUGGGGCACCUGGCACAACCUGACCCGCGAGUACUACCCCACCAACUACAGGCAGGCCUUCAAGUCGGCCAAGAUGAUGAUCAGGCCCAAGAACUACGCCCCCUAGAGGCCCAACAACCAACCAACCCAACCGUACCCCCUUAACCAACCCACGUACCCCUAGCCCCCCUUAACCAACCCACUGUACCCC